CUCCAAUCUCUGUCGGAACGUGGAAUACUUGAGUUCUUAAUUGCCUUUUUAUACCAUCUCAUUCACUGCAAAUGGCGACUAACACACAGAAAUGUACCUACAUCAUCACUCGCCAGAAAGAAGAGAAACAAUGCAGUAGAAAGAGCACAAAGGGUACACUAUGUACUCAGCACUACAAUAUGGGGAAGUCGCAAGGGGAGCCAGAAAGCUGUGACGAAGACGACUCGGUGGUGUCUACUCCAGUACGCAAUAUACACAAUUACACUCCUGGACGCUGCUCAACACCGCCUACUUCGGUUGCGCGUAGCAGCAUUGGAGAACUCGGUAGUUUGUUAAAGGACUUGCACGUUCGAGAUGACUAUGAUCACUCUGGAGACAAGCCAUUGAAGUUAAAGCGAGUGAACACCGCCCAGAGUGCGAUCAGCUAUGGUCCUCGUGACCCAGUUCUCAGACAACUUAAUCAAUUCAUGCCUCGUGCUAUUCAUCCAUCGGUGCAUGAAUACAUCACACUGGCCUUGGAAGCGCGGCUGAGAAAGGAUGAGAGGCGUGCUUAUGUCUACAUCCUCCAUGCGAUUCCAGGCAGAGAGCGACAUUCUAGUGCAUCCGCAGACGAGAAUAUCGAUACAGAUAGAAUUAUUCUCAAGGUCGGGAGUUCUAUUGACGUUUCAGCACGGAUCACAAGGCUCUCUUCUGAGUGCAAAUACCAUAAAUACAAGCGUCUCGAGGCGUUUCCAGACAUAGGACCGAUUGAGCUGUCAUACAAGGUUGAGGAGCUGGUUCACGCAACCCUCAAAAACUGGGCUUAUCGGUCACCUUUAAAGUGCCCAUGUAAAAAAGAGCACAAGGAGUUCUUUGAAGUUGAACAAAAGGAACUGAAGGCGGUUUACCGCUGUGUGAAGCAUUGGGCUGACGUUGUGACUAAGAAUAAGGAUAAGCUAUGGGUUAAGAAGCAAACAGACCAAUUGCCUGAUCUCGCCAAUUUGCAUAUUUAGUGGACUAUAUAGCAUCCGAAGCCUGUAUCCGUCAAGGAAAUGCGUAUAUGGAAAUGGGAUUCAAUUGACCUGUGGGCUUCUUUCAGCAUUAGGGCUAUGUAGAGUUCUAGUGGAC